GUCAACACGAACGGGCUGUCCUGCGCGGACUGCUGGAGUGGCUGAGAUUUACAAUGAAACUGCGACAAAAUACAUUUUUAACAAUUUCCUACGAGUGCGUUUGACCCCUGCCAUGUGAAUGAUGAGUAUCACCCCCCCCCACCACUACGGGACAUUUUCCAAAUGUUGGCAACUUUGUAGUGGAUCCUCUUCCUGUGUUGUUGAACACAGCCAGGAUGGACAGCCCCAGCUUCUUCUCCAAGACCAGCUCACUAUUCCCAGAGCAGGAGGGUCCCGGUGUCCCAGAGCAGGAGGGUCCCGGUGUCCCAGAGCAGGAGGGUCCCGGUGUCCCAGAGCAGGAGGGUCCCGGUGUCCCAGAGCAGGGGGGUCCCGUUGUCCCAGAGCAGGGGGGUCCCCGUGUCUUAGAGCAGGGGGGUCCUGGUGUCCCAGAGCAGUUGAGUCCCGGUGUCCCAGAGCAGGGGGCUCCCCGUGUCCCAGAGCAGAGGGGUCCCCGUGUCCCAGAGCAGGGGGGUCCCCGUGUCUCAGAGCAGGGGGGUCCCCGUGUCUCAGAGCAGGGGGGUCCCGGUGUCCCAGAGCAGGGGGGUCCCCGUGUCCCAGAGCAGGGGGGUCCCCGUGUCCCAGAGCAGGGGGGUCCCCGUGUCCCAGAGCAGGGGGGUCCCCGUGUCCCAGAGCAGGGGGGUCCCCGUGUCCCAGAGCUGUCCAGAGUGUUAGUGAACAGCAAGGCAGAGCCCCUGCUCUUGCAGACCCGCAGACACACACGCCUUCAACGGCAGAUGCUGCGCAACGCCAGCUCAGGACUCACCUUCUCCCAGGACGUGGUGAGGGACAGGGGCCCCUCCAGCCUGCCCUACAGCCAGAGAGACACCCGGGGGCUGUUCGACCCAGCAGGGCUCCUGGGUCCCCCGGCCAGGACCAAGCAGAGGGGCGCGCUCAGGAUGGACCCCCCCCGACACAUGCCGUGCCACUUGUGGACGGAGGACCGGGCAAAAAGGAGGGACCCUGACAGCGAAGGAGGCCCUCGGGGGGUUCCGCUGGUCUCAGAGCAAUGCAGGGAGAAGGAGAAGGACAAGGAGAAGGGAAAUGAGCAGCCUGCUGUUUUCCUCACGGAGGCUGAUUCGCCCCCUCGCGGCCAUGUCUCUGCCAGAAAGGUAGCAUCGUUGGGCGCCAGCAAUAAGGACGGGGUCCGUGGUCAGUGGGAUGAGCUCCUCCUGGGUCAGAUCUCAAAGACCACGGCGCCAGGCGGGCACAAGGCCAGAGGGCAGAGCCUACUCCAGAGCUCAUCCAGCACCACCGACCAGCUCCCAGAGGAUCCCAUGAACACUGAAGACUUCCACAGCUGCAGGGAGCUGCCCCCUGACUCGGGCAUCAAGACUGUGCAGAAGGCAGUGCCAGAGACACCACUCCCACUGUACUACAGAGCCCCUGGGUUCUCCCGGGCCCAGACCCAGCCCAACGAGCCCGGAGGCAUUAACCUGACAGCAGACACUCUGCGAGUGAAGCACCUGCAACCCCUCCCUCCCCCCCGCCUGCAGGACAGCCUGAACCCCCGGGCUGGGGCUCACGUGUACAGCACAGAGAACCCCUUCGAACAGGAGCUGUACUCCGGGAUCUCCAGCCAGGUACACCAGCGGGAUGAGAGGCGCAGGGACUGGAUCAUCAUGGAAAACACCUCGGAAUACCGCAAGAACCUCCAGGAGCAAUUCCCAUGUGCCCCAGAGCAGUGGAACAAAGCAGGGGGUGCACGGCAGACAACCCCGAAACAUACAGUUCUGCUGAGGCCAGUGAAAGGAGGGAGGAGGUGGCUGGCGCUGCCUAGCCCAGCUGACUUCUCAGAAACUGGGCUGAGACCCCCGAACCCAAGCUGGCCGGACACAAGACCCGUCCAUCCCCGGACCCCACACCGCCCCCUGCAGGAGCUAACGGCAUGGCGGUACACUGUGGAUGAGUGGAGGAAAGCCUGGAAGCACAUGACACGCUGGCAGGAUGUGACAGUGGAGGGGCUGAAGAAGGACCUGACUGACAUGCACUGCCAUGUCCGGGUCAUCGCCAUAGCAACCUGCGCAUCGGGAGCGGUCAACCGACCCAGUCCUGAACUAAAUCCCUCCAAGGAAGCACUGAAUGGCUGUGCCCAGGCCAUGACCACGGAUGUGCAGCCUGUCCCAGAGGAGCUGCAGCCCCUGCUGAGGUCUGCCCUCACCGACCCCAGCGACCGUGUCCGCUUUGCAGCCGCUCUGUGCCAGUAUGCCAUAGGGUCCGGUAGCACCAUGGCCAGGGAGAUAUUGCAGGGGGCGCUGUCAGACUGUGCCCUGGGUCGGGAUGCAGACAGCUGGGCAGCAGCUCAAUGUCUGGCCCUGGACGGGGAGGGGAGUGCAGUGGUGGUGCAGAGGCUCAUUUCCCAGCUCUUCGAUACAGACGUGGAGGGAGACAAGGAGCAGGCUACUGCCCUGCUGGUCAGUCUUAGCAACACCACGACUGUGGUGCGUUCCCUGCUGGUAGAGAAACUGAACAGCAGGAACUGGAGGGAGCGGACCCUGUCCUGCCACACCCUGGCUCGUCUGAAGAGCUCCUUUAAUAAGGACCUGGCUAACAAGCUGACCUUCCUCAUGUGGAAUGACUGGCACAGUAAAGUGCGCCAGGCUGCAGCACAGACACUGGGCAGGAUGGGGCUGGGCAAGGAGGUGCAUGAUGAACUGAGUGUUGUGCUUGCACGUGUGUGUCUGUGUUCCAGGUUGAAGCUGUGCGAGGACUCCCCCUGCUGGCGUGUAGUGGCACUGUCUCUCUUGGCCCAGCUGGGCAUCAUGACAGCCAAGCUGCUCCCCGCGUUUCUAAGCUGCUUCAACAAUGAGUUUGUGGCCGUGCGCCAACAGGCCUGUCUCACGGCCGCCAUGAUGCGCAUUCCAGACGAGCUGGUUUUCAACCAACUGCUUCGUGUGAUGCAGAAUGAGCCUGUCAAGGAGAUCAAAGCCAGUGCCAUUCACGCCCUGGGGCAGACUAGCCAUGUCACCCCCGCCCUGCGUGAGAUGCUGCUGUGGGCGCUGCACCACGAGGAGGAGCCCGUGGUCCGCUUCGCUGCGGGAGAUGCCAUCAUAGCACUCAGACUGACCGGGUCCGACCUACAGGACCUGCUCCUAGAUCGGCUCAGCCUAGAGCCCCACCUGCUGGUCAGGAGGAAAGUCGCUGAAAUCCAGGCGAAACUCGGCUUCAGCCAAGAGGGGGGCAAAAACUUGGUCCACAAAGUCAAACAGCAGGUCCACAAGCUGUGCAGUAAGCGCAUCAUCACUCAGAAGGUGCUGAGGCUGGAGGAGUUAGAGGACACACUGGUACAGAAGGCAUUACGAAUCGACCUGCGCACUCAGCCAGGCCUGUCGGACGAUCCCAGAGACAUAGCCAGGCUACUGGGGGAAUGCUUCCCAGCCCACAGAGCACCCAACUCUGCACCCCUGCAGCCGGAGUCGGAGCUGGCGUUGUACGACACAGAGAGUCAGUCUCUUUCAGACUCUUUCAGGUCAUCCGGCACAGCCACGCCGCGCACACCAGCGCUCUUAACACAUGACACUGAGGAUGAGGCGAAGCCACAGCGACCAAUCACAAGAGGACAUGCAAAAUCCGUCAGAGCCUGCGGGCAGUCACAUCAUCAGCCACUCAAUGGCAGCGCUGUCUCAUUAUCGCACGGACAGGAGCAGGUUAUAUAAAGGCUGUCCCUACCCCCACCCCCCAGAUAAACUGCAUUUCCAGGAGGCUCAAUCUUUUGUAAUUUGUAACAGAAACUAUCUAUAUACACACUAUAUCAUCGCUUUUAUAAUGGAAGGUGGUUACUGUAUCCAAGCAAUUGGUAAAUAAAUAUAUU